GUUGCAACAUUGAUGCAAGGAAAGAAAGACAAAAAGUUACACAUUUAUUAUAAAAGAUGCAUAAAAUCAUGUGAUAGGUCUAAAUAUAUAUCUCCUUAUUUGAACAAAUCUAUUGAAUAUUUUGUUGUUUUAAACAAGUUUUAAAGAUGUCGGAUCGAAGGAGAGAAUUACCUGAAGAAAAAUCAGAAGAAGAUACUGAAGAAGAGGAAGAGGAAGAGGACGUGGAAGAUGAAGAGGAUGAAGAAGAAACAGAGGAUGAUAAUCAACACACAGAAAAAAAAGAAGAUGCAAGAUAUUCUGAAGCUAAAUUUGACAGGAAAGAGAGAUUUUUUCAAACAUCGUAUGAGAGGAGAGAAAGAGAAACAGUUUACUCAGGAAGGGACGGAGAGAAAUGGCAAGAAACUGAACAGAACAAGAAAAAUGAAAUCUACAAAAAGAUCUGCAAAAACAUCAAACAUAAUUUAGGACUUAUCAGCGCUAACAGAAAGUCGACAAUAAUGAAGGAUAGACAAGCAGCAUUAUUUUCUAUAAUAGACUCCGCAAUAAACGGUCCAAUACAGGUUUCUACAGAGGAGGCAUCAACAGUUCUUGGGAUCAAAAGAGAAACAGUGGAGAAGGUGAGAAAACUGUCAGGUUUAUCUAAACCUGGUGGAGCAAGAACAGAAAAUAAAUAUCCUUCAAACGGAUCAAUGGGAUCAAGAUCAAGUUCAGGGUCUUACCCUUCAUCGUUCCCCCCAGCUAAAACCGGAGUGUUGCAUCACUUGCGAGAUCAAUUCAAAAUCUUUUCUCGGCUCGGAGACAGACGGGGGAAGGGUAAACAUAUAACGCUGACUCAAUCUGACAAGUGGUUGAAGCAGGCUCGGGUUGUGGAUGGGAGAAAUAUUACAACUGUAGACACAGCCAUUCUUUUCAAAAAAAUGAGUAAAAACAAUGCAUGGAUGAACUUCAAAGAGUGGAAUAACUACGUGCAGCAAAUUUCUGAGGAGAAGGAUCUUGAUCUACAAGAUAUCCAUGAAGCUCUGGUUCUAUGUGGUAAACCUCAGCUCCCCAUCACCAAGUUUGAUACAAGCUCACUUACAACCAGACUAACAGAUAGCUCUAUGUAUGGAGGUACUCAUAGACAACGGUUUGAUUCCAACGGGCAUGGUCGAGGUAUGGAAGGAAGGCGGGAUAAAAGGGACCUCCCUAUACUGUGGCCAACACCAUCUUCCAAUGGAUUCUUGAUUACAUCUCCCUCAGCUGUACCAGUAGGGAGGGAGGGAGCAACAUCUCCUCGUAGUCCUAGGAAACAAAGAAACACAUAUUCCUUGCAGCAUUUGUGUCCAAUAUAACAUAGAAAUAUAAUCCAACCUAUUUUUACAAUAUAUGUUUCUAAAAAUGACAUUAUACUGUUAUGACACGUUUUAACACUUUAGAUUAUUAAAUAAAUGUAUAAAUUUUG